GAUCAUCAGAACACGACUGGGUACAUCACCAAGUGACUUCGAAGCCUCGAACGCUGACACGAAGCACCAUAUUUCGCAACUUCAAGAACUUUCGUUAAGAUGGCACCGAAUCUCGAUUUGGGAGCGCUCUCCCUACAAGACAGCCCACAGCGUCGACAAGGCGGCGAGGCUGGGGCCGGCUCGUACGGGUAUGCAUCCGGCGCAGGCCGCGCAGGGGACUUGUCGCCCUUCCGCUCCGGUGGCGGCGGCGGCAGCACGCAUUUCCGAGGCGGGUCCGCAAAUGGUACUGCUGGGGCAGACGCUUUUACUGGGGCUAACGCGCAGGGUUCGCAGCAGAGCGCUUCUGCCCGGUUCGAGCGCUUCUUUGCACCGAACGAGCAUUCCAACCCUCCUGUCCCCUCGGGAUGUGGCGCGUUCGGAAGCUUCACCUCUGGGAUGCCGCCUGCUGGUAUGGCGGGACCAGGAGGCCAGUUUGGCUCCGAUAGCAGUGCAGCGUGGCGGGGGCUACGAAAUGCAUUACCUUCACAAUGGGGCCAUGGGCACGCAGAUGGCCAUGCUGCUCCGGGCGUUCUGGCACCCGGUUUCAGCUACAGUGCUCCGGUCGAUGAUGAGGUGAUCCCUACUGCCAUUGUCAUCAAGAACAUCCCGUUCUCGAUCAAGCGCGAGCAGUUGCUGGCGCUGAUCGAAGAACUGGCCAUCCCCGUUCCGUACGCAUUCAACUACCACUAUGACCAGGGCGUCUUCCGCGGACUCGCUUUCGCCAACUUCCGCUCUGCGGAGGAAGCAGACGGUGUCGUUGCUGCGCUGAACGGCUUCGAUGUCAGCGGGCGUAAGCUCAAGGUGGAGUACAAAAAGGUGCUGCAGGCGGGAGAGAAAGAGCGCAUCGAGAAGGAGAAGGCAAUCAAGCGCAUGCAGAGCAUGCAGAUGGAAAAGGAGAAAGAGAAGGAGCGAAGAAUGCAAGAUGAGGUGAUUGCUGCUGCCGCUUUGGCAGGAGGCAUGCCCUCCCUCCCACCCCAGCAUACACAGAUGAGUUCCCUCAGAGGCGCGGCACCAGCACCGCAACUCGAUUCCCCCGAUUCUGGCUACGGUGAAGUGUACACGACUCGUCCCGUGCCUUUGACCGCCGAUUCGCUACGAGCUCUCCCAGAUGUGGACGACAGCUGCAGGCGUGCGGCGCACUCCGCACCUUCCGACAUAUCUGGUAUUGGCGGCGGAGCAGGCGCUGCAGGUGCAGGCGCGGGCGCGGGCGCGGGUGGUAGCGGCAAAAAGGAAGAACUGGACUUGAAUGAGCCGGGUACUCUGGAGAUUUACUCGCGCGUCCUGCUUUUCAAGGAUGAUCGCAUGCGUGAUGAGCUGUCCUUUUCGAAGAAUCUGAGCCCCCUAGAGAGGAGGACGGUGCACUUGGUCGCACAAAGGCUCGGUCUGUACCACUACUCUAUUGGUGAGGGCGAGGAGAGGUGCGUGAUUGUCUCCAAAAAUGAGACAAACCAGGGCCAUCGCGUGAGUGCCCUGUUGAGAGGGGUUCGGUCUAUCCCUUUGCGUAAAGCGAGACUGACAACGGAUUUCCGCUCGUUGCAGCCCUUGCGCAGCCAAGCGUCGACGAUCGGCCGCUCGCAUCGCGGCGGGGAGGCGUUUUCGCAGGCGGGCGCCUUUACUGCCAACGGCAUGCUCAGCCCUGGCAGCAGCGCAACGACGGGUCGAGCGGCCGCGCUGCGUAUGAAAAAGUCAGCGCCAGACAUGAAGCGGGUGCACGACUUCAGCUAUGGCAGCAGCGCGAUCCCGGGCGGCCCAGGAGGCUCGCCGGGACGAUACGCAGGCGACCUUGCCCUGCAUCAUCAAGGUUUGAAUGCAUUCAAGUCGAACGGGAAUCUGCGAGAUGGGUAUUCGUCCACUGUCGGCAGGAGGACGGUAGCAAGCGCCGGCGCCGGCGCCGCUGGCCUUCAGGUGAGCCGCUGAACAAGCGGGCCACUCAGCGAACACAAGAUCAUGGACUGACGCACGAUGCACAAUAUUCAUGGCACGUGACCACCACC